UUUGUUGUUUUUUUCCCUUUUCAAAAGAUCAAAUUUUUAACAAAUAUGGCACAAGCCCAAGCUGAGGAAAAGCCUAAAGGAGAACCCCACGACAGGUUUCAAAUGAAAGAUCAUCAACCCAUUUCCAUGGCUCCUGCGAAACCGACAACCAGUUGUAAUUCUCCCAUCUCCAUGGCCGCUGCGAAACAGACGAUGGGUUGUGGUAGUGGUGGUGCUACUAGUGGCAGUAACAACAACGGCAAUGGUGUAACGUUCAAAUUCAAUGCACACGCGCCGGAGUUCGUGCCGAAAUCGCUUACCCAAAUGCCCAUCUCGGAUUAUUAUUACCCUUGUUUCCAUUACCUCGGUGGUGCCGCCGUCUCUGAUUUGUUCUUCCUCGGUGACCAAGAACGCUCUGCUUAUUUGAAUGCUAACCCUAGUCUCUCGAUCCCUAAUUGUUCUUCCAAGACUGUUCUCACUGAUGAUCUCCGCCAAAAGAUCAUCAAACAGGUGGAAUACCAGUUCAGUGACAUGAGUCUGAUCGCGAACGAAUCGUUGUCGAAGCAAAUAAGUAAAGAUCCUGAAGGUUAUGUGCCUGUAUCUUUUAUUGCUUCAACAAAGAAAAUCAAGUCCCUCAUCACCAACCACCAGUUGCUGGCCCAAGCACUUCGCUCCUCCUCAAAGCUUGUUGUGAGUGAUGAUGGCAAGAAGAUUCGUCGUAAGCACCCAUUCACCGAAAAAGAACGAGAACAAGUGCAGUCUCGUACUGUUGUUGUAGAGAAUUUACCUGAAGAUCACUCUCAUCAGAACCUUGAUAAAAUCUUUAAUGUUGUUGGGAGUGUGAAGAACAUCAGAAUAUGUCAUCCCCAGGAAUCCAAUUCUUCUCGUUCAAAGAACGAGUAUUUUAUGUCUAACAAGCUGCAUGCACUUGUGGAAUACGAGUCGACGAAGUUUGCUGAGAAGGCGGUUGAGAAGCUAAACGACGAAAGGAAUUGGCGAAAGGGGCUUCGAGUAAGGCUGCUGCUUAGACUCUCGCCUAAAUCAGUUCUGAAAACCCGAAAAUCAGAAUUCGAUGGCAUACUAGACGACGAAGAUUCACCCCAUGCUGAACACUCCGAAGGUUCGCCACCAAAUGCUGAAUCAAUUGAGAACAAUGCUGAAGAUAGUGCAAUGGGAUUGAAGAAGGGAUGGUCCAAAUCACGCGGGAAACUUCGGGGGUGCUCCCAAAACCACACCGGACGUGACCUGCUUUCUGGAUCUCCUCAACCUAGCAAUGCAGCAGUCCAACGCGAAGCAUCGAUGAAACAGAUGUUGAAGGGCCCGAGAAUGCCGGAUGGAACCAGGGGUUUCACCAUGGGACGAGGCAAGCCGUUGAGUUCACCGUUGGAGGGAUGACGAAUUUGCACAUUUUUUCCCCAUGUCUGCUAUCUGAUAUUAACCAAAUACUACUGAAAAUAGGCUCUGCAUUUUUCCCGAAAGCAGCACGAAAUGAUCAUGGUCAUUUCCUUCUGGCACACCAAUUUUUCUGGGUUUCUGUUGAGUAUAAUGCUUUGGAUCCAUCAGCUUUCUGCUUUGAAUUUUGUAUUGUAUCCGAAUAAUCCGAUCGAAUCGUUAUAUCUUUUUCUUCUCUCUCAUUUAUCAGAAUCUGUGAAUCAACUCUAUUCUAAACAAUAAACAUGCCUUGUGGGGCAAGGCAGAGAAUUGAAACA